CCUUCUCUCUCUCUCUGAUCUUUCUUUCCACUUCCUCUCAAUAACAAUGACCUUUCACCCACAUUUAACAGUUACACUUCACCAGUUAAAACCUAUAUAUAAACAAAUAAAACCCCUUCUAAAUAUAUUACCUUCUUUUCUUCUUUCUCUCUGCUUAAAAGACUCUUUCAAUAAGACCCUUUCAACACAUCUAUCUGUCUUUACUUCCAUCUAUAUAAACUUAGAUCUAUGGUUUUUCCUCUACUCUAAUUAACCCUAAACAAUACUAUAUCUUUACCUUACCUCUUCUAACAAAACCCCAAAUGGGUUGUUUGGUUCUUCCUUGCUACGUCAUGAAGAGACGACGACGCCGGAGAUCAACCCAACCCCACCUCGGCUACCACCGUCUCAACAAAUCCAACUUCGGCCGCAACGAAUAUAUUGGAGAUCAUGCAGAGAGUAGUCUAGUGAAGGUUGUGGCGGGAAAAGAGAGGAGAGAAUUCUUAGUAGACCCUUUUGUGUUGGAAGAAAAUCCGUUUCGGAUCUUGAUCGAAAAAGGAGGAGAUGACGAUGAAGAUGAAGAUGGAGAUGGAAAAAGGAAAAGGGUUAUAUUUGUUGAUGUUGAUGCUAUUUUGUUUGAGCAUUUGCUAUGGCUAAUGUAUAACGAUUGUUCUUCUUUGUUUAAGCUAAAUGUAGAGGAAAUUCUUGACUUUUAUGCUCAAGAUUUUUAGAGGCGAUAAGAGAGAGAUAUAUAGAAUUAAUUCAGUCAAUACACACACACACAUAUGUAUUCGCAAUAAUUGUUAAAGUUUAUGUAAAAGGUACUGUUCCUGUGAUGGAAUGAACAAAAUAAGAUACUAAUUAUUCAAGUAUUAGACUUCGUUUCACCAAAGGCUAA